AUGGCGGCCCCUGGUUAUCACUACUCAAACGGCCUCUUCAACGAGGACCACCUCCCCCCAACUGGAUCCUCGCCGCCUCCUCCGUAUCACAUCGUCGUAGCUGACAGACCACACCGGGCUUCGGCGUCUCAUCCACAGGGUCAGAGUUCUCCGAUCUUGACAACUUUCCAAACGCUUCCGAGAGGAGCUCCAGCCCAGGGCCAUGCUACCUCCGUAUCUCCUACCUCCGCCUACGCUGUCCUGGCGUCUGAGAUGGCUGGCGCACAAGGGCAGGUCUACCACCAAUUCGUCCAAGUGCCAUAUCCAGGAACAAGAUAUCCUCCAGGAGUUCCGCCAGGCUUCCCACCAUCACCAUCAUCACCACUCUCGCCAGCAGCAGCGCGGUCACCACACCAAGCAUCCGCACACCUCGUACCUCAACAAUUGCCGACUCACACUGGCCGAGAUCCAGGCUCUGCUGUUCCAUCGUCUAUCCAACCUACUCCUCCUGUUUCGGCUCAACAACCCAUCUCUGCUCCUACCUCUACCUCUACCUUUACCUCUACUCUUACGGCUACGGCUACGAACUGCACAGAUACAUGGACUCCGGAGCAGGAUCGAUUCAUCUUCCGGCUCGGCAAUCAUAAACGAAAGUCUCAUCAGAAAAUCUCCAUUGCUCUGGAGGACGUGUUUCAGGUGAAGAGAGAUGUGGGUGCGAUUGCCAGGAGGUUGGCGCAGUUAAGGGCGAGGAGUAAGGUCUGGAGUGAGGAUCUCCACUUCACUGCAGACCCCAACAGAGACAGGAACAGCCUGAAUGAUGCAGACAACAAACAAUCUGCUGAUUUGAGACUGGCGGUGCGGUUGGAGUUGGAGGGGAUGUUGGCACAGGGAAAUCUGACCAGAACGACCCAGGAGAGAAUGGUGAGUGAACAGAAGGAGAGGAGUGCUCGGUGUACGAUAGCGAUGGGACAGAGAGAACGUGGUCGGGAGCGGGAGUGGGAGUGGGUGGAUGGGGAUGGGAAUGGGGACGCCGCUGGGGAUCAGGUUGAAGAUUAUGAGAUUUUGUGA